AUGGACGAAAUAUUUCCAGGUUUGCAAGACAUUUUUGAUUAUGAAAUGCAAGACUUCACUUUAAAAUUAGAAAAAGUACCAUAUGAGAACCCUCAGCAAGUCCAGACAGACCAGAAGAAGGGACGCUUCGCUGAAUUAUCGGAGAAAGAUCUCAACUCCUUGAUUGAGAAUCGAUUGUCAGCAAAAACAAAAAAGGCAACAAACUGGGCGAUUUCUACGUUUAAGAGUAAGUAAAAUUGGUGCAGAGAAAAGAAAAUCCAAACGCCCCUCGAAAAAAUGACCAUCGGCCAUCUUGACUUGAAUUUGCAAAGGUUUUACGCCGAAGCGAGAACCAAAACAGGCGAAGACUACAGCAAAUCAACGCUGUUAGAUUUCAGGCAUGGGCUUGAACGUUAUCUCAAUCAGCCACCACUAAACAGAGGCCUGAAAAUCUCCUAAGAUCCACGUUUUCAAAAAUCUAACCAAAUUCUUGAUGCACAGAUUGUCUGUCUAAAAAAGAAAAAGAAACAAAGCACCACUCACAAGCCACCUAUCGAAGAGGAAGAUUUGGUGAAACUCAAGGCAAGUCCAGUGAUCAGCUUAGCUACUCCUUUGUCACUCCUGUAGAAUGUAUGGUUUCACGUAGUCCUUUACUUUUGUAGAAGAGGACGUGAGGGACAGAGAGAACUAUCAGUAACGAGUUUUAAGUCUGAGAAAGAUCCCAGUGGACGCAACUUUUUCACUUUGUCUCAUGACGAAGUAUCCAAGAAUCAUCCUGGAGGUGUCAAAGACCAUGAAAGUUUUGAAAACGAUGCGAGAAUGUACGAAACAGACCAUCAACACGACGGUUUUAAAGCCCUGAAGUUCUACUUGUCCAAAGUUAWCCCCAACUGCUGCUCGUUUUUUCAAUAUCCUCGCCGAAACUGGUCUGCAAAUGACGAUAUCUGGUUUGAAGCUCGACCCAUCGGCCAAAACAAACUUGGAAAUAUGAUAAAAGAUAUCAGCAAAGCGGCAGGCCUCUCUAAAACCUACACCAACCACUCAGUUAGGGCUACAUCAAUAACAGUGUGGUCUAACAAUGGAGUACCAAAUCGCCACAUUAUGGCCAUAUCUGGCCAUCGUAGCGAACAGAGUUUGGUCCAUUACAACUCACGUCCUUCGACUUCUCAGCUUUACAACUGCAGUGCUGUCCUUUCAAAAGCUAUGGAAAARCCGAAAGAAGAAGCAGUCCAAAGUACACUGAUAACAAGUUCACCUAGAAUCAGUCUAGUGGGUGUUCAGUCUUUGUCUUCUCUUGGUCAACAUGGCUUUUUUAACUCAUUCACCAUUCAGAACUUGCAAAUUUUCAUUGGCCAUGCUAACAAAACCCAGUUGUAA